GGGGAACCCCCAAGUGAAGCGCCGCCAGCCUGUCAGCCUGUCAACCUGUCCUGUCAACAACAUCGUACGCCUCGAGCUGCCUCCUUUUCUUUUGGCCACAACACCAUCAUCGCUUGCACGCCCUUUCUUUUACGGCACCACCUGGGCAGGUUGGAAUCACGAUACCUGAGAAGGGGAGUGUCUAUUGCAUCGCUGGAAGAAGCUAGCGACCGGGGAAGACGGGAAAACGCAACCUGGAACGUACGGGAAUCGGGAGAUGUACGAGUCGUCACGUGGAACGGAUUGUUUAUCUUAGACAUUUUCUCCCUUUCGAGGCUGGCACCAUUGGAUUGUUCGGACUGAUACACCAUCCCUUACUUCAUUCAAGCCAGUCUCUUGGGUCUUCGGUGUCUUGGGCGAUCAAGCUUAUCGCGGGUGGCGGCCACGAGAAUGGAGGAACGGAAAGAGGGUCAAGACGAGACAUUACUGCCGACACAUGAACAUGAACUGACCCGUCUCAACCCCGAUGGAAGUGGUUAUGGCAGUGAGGAUGAGAGUGACGGCGGGUACAGUGACUAUGGGGAUAAACCGGAGCUGAGGAAGAGUAUCAAAGGCUCGCUAUGGAUUGUCUUGGCGACUACGGCGACUUUGACGGGGAGGGGAUUGUUGAGAGGUGAUUUUCGUGAGUUGGUUCGCUUUCAUAUUGGGACUGAUCACUGAAAUGGAUGAAGUGAUGUUUGCUGACUUGAUCAAUAGCAUACCGUAAGUGGUUUGAGGUGAAAUGCCUGGUGAAGUCUUAUUGAUAAUGAAUUUAGCAUUGUAUCUCCUUUUUUCGUUACAGAUAGCUACCUAUGCCUUGGUGGCUAUCACAGUUCUUGUUGUCCAAGUACACAAACUUCGGCAGCCCAAGGCGAAAAUCGAUGAGGAUGGAUACACCAUGCGUGAACGGGUCAUCGUUGGAGUGAGAUUGCUGGUUUCGGCCUGCUUUUCUGCAGUUGCCAUUAUAUGUGCAGCCGAAGCCCUGAUGUUGUAUAACAAUCUGACUGUUCUCGCAAUGUUACCGGUCAGUGUUAAACUCGGCGGAAAGAAGACUAGACUAAUAAGAAAUAGAUCUUGACAUAUGUUAGCGACAGUAUGGUUUUCCGCCUUUUGCAUCUCUUGAGAAUUACUCGACAAGAUGGAGUCACCAUGCCUCUUUGGACGCUCUGGAUAGUGAUUCUCAUCCCGCUUUGCUUAACAUUGGUGGUUUUUGAGGAUUAUCGUCUUAAUACUGCCGGAUUAUGGUUUGCCCUGGCCUCAUUCUUCCUUUUCAGCCUGGCCAAAGCUGUGAUGAGAAUCGGUCCAAAGAUCGAGAAGAGUGCCCGGACUUGGGACUCUCCCCUCAAAUUAUACCUCGUCGCUGGAAUUCCUUUCUUGUUGGUUACAUGGAAAGCAGUUAUCACACAUGAAAAUAUGGUGGCAGCUUCACAUGUUAUGGGAUCUUGGUCUAACAUACGAUACCUAUGGAAUGUCGUCCCUAGUAUCCUUCUUCAACUCCUUUUCACUACCUCCAUGAAUUCAGCAUAUCCAUACUCGUCCAACGACCAAGCCUGCGGAGCAUUGGAAGAUCCACACCCAGACGCAUCAACAGCAGUUCGAGCCACCCUACACACGAGCUUCUUCACCUCGCUUUUUGGUGCAAUUUUUGGAAAGGAACGUAACCUCAUGGAUUGGCUACAAGUCAUAUCUUUUAUCAUCAUCUAUAUCGCUAGCGUUGGCCCAAGACAUAUCGCAUUUUACCCACCUCGAUUUGUGAACAUGCUCACUCGAAUCGCCCGCCGAAAGCAAACACCAAUCCAGGCUCAACCGUGGCAAUUGCCUCUUGUUCUCAUUGGUACUACUUUGGUAUUUGCAAUACUCAUGAGUUGUAACGCCAUAUUUCUUAUCGACACGUUCGCAUACAACCGUGACGCCCAAACCUGGUUCGUCGACCCAACCGUCAACCUUGAUAAAAUAUGGCGACCUCCUGCCGUUCGCAGUAUGGAUAUUAUCAUCGCGCAUAGCGCCGGUGACCCUCAAGAACAAAUUGCCGAGCUCAUAACACGAUACACAAGUCUCGGUUCCGUAGCAAAUUUCGGACCCAGUGUUAUAAUCUACAGCAAAGACCCAACUCUCGACCUUGCAAACGUAGGUCAUUUACGAGGGCCGACCUUCGAAGGACCCAUCUCUGUUGCAACUCUGUCCAAUUCUGGCGGACCAACAGCAUCCUAUCUCUACCAUAUCAUAACCAACUGGGACAAACUAUCUCAACAGACCCUCUUCAUAACCACCACGCCCUCCACUCCCCCCAUUAACCCAGACCACCUUCACCAAAGACUAAGCGACUACUUCAUCUACGGCAGCUUCCCCAUGCCCGACGCCUCAGACAAAACCUCCUUCCUCAACCUCGGACCCAUGGAAGUCUGCAACUGCGGUUCUUGCAAAGACUCCACCGGCUGGGAAGACUCCUUCAAGCUCCUACCCUCCAUGUACGGGGGGGCGAACCCCGGCCUUGACCGCUGCGGAAGCGUCCUCCUCACACGCGGAAACCACUUCGUCGCCUCCGCCGCCCGCCUCCGCGGCAUCAAGAAGGAUAUCUAUGAAAUGCUCCGCGACGCGCUCGAGAAAGCCGACGUCAAAAACUCAUGGGCCCACGAAGCUGAUAGACUCCCCAAACCCCUGCCGUUCGAGCCCCUCAUCGGACGGUGGUUCCCUGGGACCAGGGAGGAGGUGCCAUCCGGUGGUGUCCUGAGGAACGAGACGAAAGGGGAGGUUAAGGUUGUGGAGAUACCCCCCGGGGUGUAUGGGAAGAGCGAUACGCUUGAGCGGCCGUGGUUGGGGAUGACGGUUGAGCGGCUUUGGGGCGUGUUGUUGCAGUGUAGUAGUGAGGCUAUUGCGUGGCGGUGUCCUGGUCUGGGGACGGGCUGGAGGCUUGGGGGGCAGAAGGGGGAUUGUGGGUGUAUUGAUUAGGAGGGAUGUACGUACAUCUUGAUGGACGUUUCGUUAUUCUAUUUUACUGUAUUUUAUUUUUUGGUUUGAGUUUUGUUUUAUAUCUUUGAGGGCUCUCUCUGCCUCCCUGCCUCCUUGCCUUUUUUCUUCUUCUUUUCUUCUCUUUGCCCCUCUUCUUCUCUUCUUUUUUUCCCUUUUCCCUUGAACUUUUUCCUCUUGUAUUUUGGGAUACGUACGUACUUACUACAUUGUAUUGUAUGUACUUGGGUUAUCUUUGGUUCUGUUCAGUUCAGUUUUGUCCAGUUCAGUUUGGUUUUCCUAUGUCUGUCUGUGUAUUCAGCGUACAAGCACACAACACGAUAAAAGGACGGGUACAAGUAGAUGGAAGGAAAGAAGAAUAGGAAAAUUUCCUCCAGAUUGAAAUGGGAUAGGAAAGGAAAGGAAAAUAUAUGGGGUGUAUUGUACUACGUAGGUAUAGUUUAUAUCAGGAUUGUAAUUUUAUCUUAUCUUAUCUUAGGUAUCUUAUUUGUUGUUUGUUAUUUGUUAGUUGAGUGUAGACUUUCUUUCAAUGAAAAUGAAC